CAUAUUUACCGUUCUUCGGCGAAGAUUGAAGAUGCAGCAGAUUAGAUUUGACAAGAGCGAACCAGGAGAGCGUUAGAGCCACUGAAGAACAAACAAAUUGCCAGACAUUUCACUUUCGUCAGUGCAACAAUGGCGGAUCAGAGGAAGGAUGGUUUUCUAACCUAUAGCUAUCUUCUCCUCUACAUUGCUCUCUCCAGCGGCCAAAUCUUCUUUAAUAAGUGGGUUUUGUCCUCAAAGGAAAUUAAUUUUCCUUACCCUCUGGCGUUGACUCUACUUCAUAUGGUCUUCUCCUCUGUUCUAUGUUUUGUAUUAACGAAAAUUCUAAAGGUUAUGAAGGUUGAGGAGGGAAUGACUACUGAAAUAUAUGUUACGUCAGUUGUGCCAAUUGGGGCUAUGUUUGCAAUGACUCUUUGGCUGGGGAAUACUGCCUAUCUGUAUAUCUCUGUAUCAUUUGCACAAAUGUUGAAGGCAAUCAUGCCUGUAGCUGUUUUUAUCCUUGGAGUAGCUGCAGGACUUGAGGUAAUGAGCUGCAGAAUGCUUGUAAUCAUGUCGGUGAUUAGUUUUGGUGUUUUAGUGGCUUCUUAUGGCGAGAUACAUAUAAACUGGAUUGGAGUAAUUUACCAAAUGGGUGGUGUUGUUGGUGAAGCUCUAAGACUUAUCUUCAUGGAAAUUUUCGUGAAGAGGAAGGGCCUGAAGUUGAAUCCUAUCUCUGUUAUGUAUUACGUUAGUCCCUGCAGUGCACUUUGCCUAUUCAUUCCAUGGAUUUUCUUAGAGAAAACGAAGAUGGAAGAACAUGGACCAUGGAACUUCCCACCUACUGUGCUAAUCCUCAAUUGUCUUUGUACUUUUGCUCUUAACUUAUCAGUUUUCCUUGUGAUUACACAUACAAGUGCUUUGACCAUUCGUGUCGCCGGAGUUGUCAAGGACUGGGUGGUGGUCUUAUUGUCUGCUGUUCUGUUUGCCGAUACAAAAUUGACUGUCAUAAAUUUGUUUGGCUAUGCAAUCGCCAUUGCAGGAGUAGCAGCAUAUAAUAAUCACAAGUUAAAAAAGGAAGCUACUCGAGAUACUUCAAAUGAUACCGAACUUCCUGAGUCGUCCUAUGGGCAAAAUUCUCGGAUUUCAAACAGGUAGAUAUGUAGUUACCCUCAAGUGUCCAUACUUCUCACAGAUAGCGCACAGCAGAUGAAGGCAGUUCUCUCCUUUCGUCACCAAGCGGCAUUGUAUUUUCAUAUAUUGACUUUUGUCUAAGCAAACAUUGACUCGGAAUUCUGUCUUUUAAUCUGUUGAUACAAAUUCCAGAUGGGGAAAAGUAGUAUGCAGUUCAAAUGUAAUCAUGAGAAGAAAAAAAAGAGGUGUUUAGCGAUGGCAUUUCACUCUUCAGGAGAUUGAAAAUGACUGACCAGGAGCUGGUAAACGAGGGCAAUUUUUUUUUUUUUUGGGUUUUUUUGGGGCAGAGCUGCAGAUAAAUACAUGUAUUGUCUUGUACAACCUGGUUUCUUCAAAACAUUUUUGUCUGUGGAUUCAGAUUAUUUCUAGUUCAUUCUACAGGUUCUUAUAUGUGGUUUAUGUGAAUUUGAAUGUACUGAGCAGGUAAGCAGUAUGAAUUCAGUGUUGAUAAUGUGAAAGCCUUGUCCAA